GGCGGUGCGGCACGUCCGGGGCCAUGCUACUUGCCGCGCUUCUUCUUCCUGCCGGGGCGCGUUCCAGCGUGUGGGGGGCGGGCGAUUGCUCGCCUCCCCGGGAAGGCUCCUCGGUAGCGCCUUCCUCGCCCGCUCCCGGAGCGGGGCAAGCCUCAGGUAGAUGCCAGUUUGCAAUGGGUCUUAAAACCUUCUGGAAGGACAACAAAGUUCUGAUUGUUAUGGGAGCUAGCCUGGGGCUAGUGCACUGGGGCUGGUAUUACAUGAAGUCCAGUCCUAUUUUCCAAGUGAAGACAGAGGAUUUUUCUCCAGAUCGUGACAUUCUGGCAUUCAUGAUGCAAACCGCUCGCAAAAGUAAAGAAAAAUAGCAUUAGUACUUUGA